AUGCCUCCACGCCGCCGGUCCGCCUCCGGCAACCGCGGCGUUCGCGCGCGGCCAAGCGGCCGCUUCCACGCGGAGAUCCGCUCCGGCGAGGAGCGCAUCCGUCUCGGGACGUUCGACACCGCGCACGAGGCGGCGUGGGCCUACGACGCCGUCGCCUGGCGCCUCGGCCGCUCCCGCCGGCAGAUGAACUUUCACGACGUCUGCACACGGGAGCAGGCGGAGCAGCUCGUGCCGCCAUCGCCGGUCAUUACGCGCGAGCAGCAGCGGUGCCAACGGGAGCUCGAGCAGCGCCUCCUCAUCGCCGAGAGCGACGAUCAUCUCCGCCUCGAGUGGGUGCGCCAGUUUCCCGAAGACGUCGCCGCCACGGAGGCGUUCUAUGCGCAGAAGGAGGCGGCGAAGAAAAAUGGCGAGCCGCGAGAAGCGACGGGCAGAGUCCGCGGUGAGGAAGGCGGCGAGGGCCGAGAAAGCGGCGAGGAGGGAGGAUGA